UAGAGGUGGCGGCGGUGUUGGCACCGAGCGGCGAGGGCAGCAGAGUCGUUGACGGUGGCCGUCGGUCUCGACACGAGUUGCCGUGACAAGUGCAUUACCUAUUGCACGUCGAUCGAGUACACACUCACCAUAUUUACACAUACGUUCGUACACACAUCGCACACGUACACCCAUACUAAAAACGACACGUCGUUUUAAGAGUGUUCCGACAGACGCGCGACAAACGGAUUUUUCUCUUUCCUAUUUCUUUUCUUUCUUUUCCCUCACCUUUUCCUCGCGUUUCCCUCUUCGUUUCCGAGCGUUUCCGAGCGCAUCGCGAUUGACUCGCUCGGACAUCGCUCGCUUUUCCCCUUGUCAAGGGUCGAUUCGUAUACGCGCGUGCAUCUUUCGGCUGACUGGGGAAGAAUCAACGGAAGGGUAGAAGCGAAGAAUCGGAAUUUCAUCCCGAUCGGUCUGUAGGAAGAUCGACAAGUGGAGCGCGCGAUGGCGGACGAUCAAGAAGCAAACAACACGUGCGAGGAUUCCCUCGGGCCCGGCGAUGCAAACACCGCAUUCGCUAAGAAAAUUCGAGGGCGAAAAGGAGCCUUGAAGAAAAAGAAUGUCUACGUGGUCAAGAAUCACAGUUUCAUGCCUCGUUUCUUCAAACAACCAACCUUCUGCAGUCAUUGCAAGGACUUUAUAUGGGGCUUCGGGAAGCAAGGGUACCAAUGUCAAGUCUGCAGUUUCGUCGUUCACAAACGAUGUCACGAAUACGUGACCUUCACGUGCCCUGGCGCCGACAAAGGAGCUGAUUCCGACGUGAGUAUCGAGCAACCACGUAUCUCGUUAGACACGAUUUCUGUUCGUUUAUUAUUCUUCUUUCUCGACGCAGUUUUAUCGCCCCUUUCUCUUUUUCGUCCUAAGCCAAGGACCAAUGAAAUCUCGCGAUCGCGAUUCGAUUGGCAGCUCGUGUAUCCGACUUCUUCCCUCGAUCGCCGCGUGCCGAUUCGUUCAAAUUGGUGGAGGGGAGACACUCCUUGCGGUGAUUUCUCUCUCUCUCUCUCUCUCUCAAGGGAGGGGGGAGGAAAAUGGCGAUUAUUGCUGCAUCUCUUUCUCUCUCAUUCUCCCCCAGUGAACGCGAAUUAAUCAAUGACACGAGCGCCCAAACGCAACAGGGCGUUUAUUUUGUAAUAACUGUAUAUAUCGCUAUUUUCAUCUUACUAAUUAAAAACAUUCGAUUCGGUAUACGAAUGUUGACUAUCGAUAAUCCAUACGACACGACGAGAGUACGUAGAUGAGAGAGAAAAAGAACAAAAGACGUUGGGUGAUGUACGUGUGUGCGUGUGCGAGCGCGCGUGCGUGAGAGAAAGAGAAGAGAGAAUGGGAGGAUAAAGAAGGAAGAAAAAGGAUAACGAGCUGAAACGAAGUCGCCAAAAGUCGAGUAUAUCGCGACGAUCAGAGAAGGAUAAGAAUGAUCCUCGGCUGGAGCAAACAGAGAAAGGAUAUCCGGGGCUAAGAGCUAUAUAUAUAUAUAUAUAUGUAUAUAUAUAUACACAUAUAUAUAUAUAUACAUUUCUUCACGUUUUCUCGCACCGCGCACGAUUGGCCUUAAGCGUUUACUGCGCUUCGUUUUAACCACGCUUAUAACACGGAAUAUAAUUAUGCGGACGAGUAAUAUAUAUAUAUAUAUAAUAUAUAUAUAUAUAAAAGGGAAAUUAUGCGCGUUGGAAAAAUCAAAACCACGGUUUUAAAAUUUCCGGGAACAACGUUCUCGACUCGUUCGCGAUCAGUUCACCAAUCAAUUCCUUCCGAGUCGCGAACGUUUUUUCCUCAUCACUGCGGAAGGAAUGAUUUUUUUUUUUUUUUCUUAUUCAUACUUCGACUAAAACGAUCAAUGUCCUAGCGUCGUCUUCCUUGGCCCUGGUGCUGAUUUCCUUCCUGUGCUUCUGUGCUUCGAAGACGACUCUUCUUCUCGAUAAUCCCGAAAAAAAGAAAAAAAAACCCUUAAACCAUCGUCCUUCCUUUUUUCGAAUCGCGCCUCGAUUCCCCUGAAUAGCGAUGCCCGAAUCUAACGUAAUAAUCGAAUUCGUAAUCGCGUUCGUAGUCGAGAGAAAGCGAGAAGAUAACUCGAACGGUUUAACGGCCACCACGGUACGGAAUGGCAUCGAGCCACGCCGAACCGAAGGUGUUCGGUUUCACGGUUGCCAACUCUGUUUCCAAACUUGGAUCAGAGAGAGACACGAAAAGAGACGAAAGUUAUCGCUUGUCGGGGAAAUCGUCUCCUUCCUUCCUUCCUUCCUUCCUUUCUUCUCUGUUUAUUCUCCUUCGAUUCUCCUUCCCCACGCCUAUAACCCAAGAGUCUGCGUGUGUGUGCACGGUGUAAUGGUGUAAUAACGCAGGACACGCGGACGAAGCACCAAUUCAAGCAACACACCUACAACAGCCCCACCUUCUGUGACCACUGCGGUAGUCUUCUCUAUGGUGUCAUCCACCAGGGCAUGAAGUGCCAAGGUAUCAUAUCAAAAACAAAGAAAAUGGAAAGAAAAAAAAAUAUAUAAAAAAAAAAUAAAAAAUAGAGAACACGCAACCAGUCACACGCACACAGACACAUGAAAAGAAAAAA